AAAAAGAAAAAGGUCAAAGGUAACGCUGAGGGAGGAACAGUUUGUUCCGAAGUCACUCUCUCUUUGCAAACUCCGAGGAGUUUUCAUAUGAUCAUCCGCGAUAUUUUCGACUUCAGUUUCAGUUUUUUUAACGUUUAAUUUCACAGAGAGCUUGAGAGAGAUACGUGUUUUUCUGUUUGUGUCAGCAAGUGCUUCUCCUUUGUCAUCUUCUCUCUCUUUCUCUGCUAUUAAUUUCUGGGAAAAUGCUGGUUCGAAGGAAAGUGAUGAGCUGGAGAAGAGUGGCCAAAUCCCUCCAAGCUCUGAUAGCUCAUACCUUGCUCUUCUCCUUCACUCUUUUGCUUGCUCUCAAGGUUGACCGUAUCGUCCAUUGCGCAUGGUGGAUUGUAUUUUUUCCUCUAUGGCUUUUUCAUGCUGUGCUAGCACGAGGCAGGUUUUCCUUGCCUGCUCCUUCAAUGCCUCAUGAUCGCCAAUGGGCUCCUUGUCAUUCAGUCAUAGCAACACCAUUACUUGUUGCAUUCGAGCUACUUCUUUGUAUACAUCUCGGGAGCGGUUAUGUGGUGAAUUUAAGGAUAGUCUUCUUGCCCCUGAUAGCUUUUGAACUAGUGAUUUUGAUUGAUAAUAUCAGGAUGUGUAGGGCUUUGAUGCCUGGCGAUGAUGAACAUUUAACCGAUGAAGCAGUAUGGGAAACUCUUCCUGUAAGAUACUAUUCAUCACACUUCUGGAUUUCGAUAUCCAUGGUCUUCUUCAUUGCUGCUACAGUGUUCACCCUUUUAAAGUUAUGUGGUGAUGUUAGUGCUCUGGGCUGGUGGGACUUAUUUAUUAACUACGGGGUUGGACAGUGCUUUGCAUUUCUUGUUUGUACAAAGUGGCACAAUCCAACAAUUCAUGGAAACUGUCACAUUACGGCACCAUGUUCAUCAUCAUCAAAUACCAUAAUAUACAUGGACGGGAAUAGAGGAGGCUUAGUUGUUUCCUCAGAUGAAGAUAUGCAACAAUAUGGGUUCUGCAGUCUGCAGGACAUUGGUGGGCAUAUUAUGAAAAUUCCAUUCGUUGGUUUUCAAAUACUUCUUUUUAUGCAUUUAGAGGGAACACCAUCUGGUGCAAAAAAAAUACCAAACUGGGUCAUUUUUUGCCCCCUUUAUUUGUUGCAAGGAGCUGGGGUUUUAUUUGCAGCAUAUAGAUUAAUAGAGAAGAUAGUUCUUUUACUCUACAGUGGAGAUAUUCCUAGAGGAUACUCAGCUACGGCAUCAAAAUCCCGUGACUGCUUUGGGUUCUUGCAUCAUGGAUCAAGGUUGCUAGGUUGGUGGUCAAUAGAUGAAGGGAGUAGAGAGGAAGAAGCUAGACUUUAUUGUGCUGGGAGUUCUGGGUAUAAUACUUUCUCCCCUGAUACGGUGAAGAAAAUGCCUAGAGCAGAUCUCGUUGAGGAGAUUUGGAGACUUCAAGCUGCACUGGGUGAGCAGACAGAAGUUACAAAAUGUACACAGGAGGAAUAUGAAAGGCUUCAAAAUGAGAAGAUCUUAUGUAGAGUUUGCUUCGAACAGCAGAUUAAUGUGGUCCUACUUCCCUGCAGGCAUCACAUUCUUUGCAGCACUUGCUGCGAAAAAUGUAAAAAGUGCCCUGUCUGCCGUUGCACCAUUGAAGAUCGGAUGCCUGUAUAUGAUGUGUAGACUGAGUUCAAAGAAGAUGUAUAGAUAACUUACUGACCAUCUAGCUUGUGGUUUUAGAUGAGGCAAGCACUGAGGAUUACCAAUUUCUUUGCUUAUAGAUAUGAUGAACAUCACAUGUGGUUGUUUAUAAUUUUAAACAUUCAAUGUAAGUACUAUAAGUCCCCCCUCAUCCCCUAUAGUGCAUUCUUGCAAUUCCUUCUUGUUCGGAGUGGAAGCUUACCUUCUCCAUUACUAGUAGGUGCAUUGUCGUCUUGAGUUUUUGUACCUACACAAAAAUGCAAGAUGAUUACUGAACUCCAUAUGAUCUAAGAAUACCAUGCAGUUAAGGACCCAUAUGGCCAUAUCCAUGCUGGGACUUAUCAUUGACGCAUGUUUGUGGUGGGGUUCACUCUGAAUCCCACAACUUUAGGGCUAUUUUUACAACUCUUUAAGGUUAGCAACCACUUAGGAGCUUAUUCCUACUAAUCCAAGAUUUUGAGUUCGAGUGUUGGGAAUGGAGAAAAAUAAUCUUGGGAGAGUUGUCUCCUAUAAUGGAUCUGAUAGUGCUAUUCAAACCAGAUUAAUCAGGUAAUUGAUGAAUUAGUUGACAUAUCCAAAAAAGAAAAUAACAAGUUGUCUAACACAACUAAUAGCGUAGACUAAAUUUUAACAAAAAGUUUAUGGAUAAGUGUAGUUGUGGGACAUGCGCUCUUUAAGAUGACCUGCAACUGGAAAUAUUUCCUGUAUUUUAGGUUUAACACCCGGAAGGGAUAAAAAAAACUAAAUACUAAAAUAAAUACCCGUAAUAGUCAAACAAAACUUGUGGAAUGUCUGUUUUAGAUUGCAGCCAUUCAUUUCUGAGUACGUUAAACAUCCUUUUCUACAAGGUAGUUUGUCGUCAGCAAUCAACUCGAAUUGUAAAGAACUGGGCCCUGAAAGAUACUUGCAACUGCUACUGGAUUAUUAUUUUGAUGAAUUAUUCAAUUCUUCAAAAGCUUAAUAUAUGUUGU